AUGAUGGACGACACAAACGCAAAGUCACCGUCCGACAAUCCACUCGAUGCGCCCGAUGGCCCUCCCGCCGAGAACGAUGCACAGCAGGGCGACGACGAGGACAUGGCUGACGCAAAUGAAGACGCAAACAAGGAUGCACCUGAAGCUGCCGAGGAUACCAUGGAUGCCACACAGCCGGAACAAGCACAGCAGACAAAAUCACAAGUCGAGACCUCGGCCCGCUCCCACCUGAUCGAACAGACACACGCCAUCAUUCUACCCUCAUACAGCGCAUGGUUCGACAUGCACCAAGUACACAACCUCGAGCGCAAGGCUCUGCCCGAGUUCUUCAACUCGCGCAACCGCUCAAAGACUCCCGCCGUCUACAAGGACUACCGCGAUUUCAUGAUCAACACAUACCGCCUCAACCCUCAAGAAUACCUGACUGUCACUGCAUGUCGCCGCAACUUGGCCGGUGAUGUCUGUGCCAUUAUGCGCGUCCACGCUUUCCUCGAGCAGUGGGGCUUGAUCAAUUACCAGAUUGAUCCCGACACCCGUCCCUCGAACAUCGCGCCGCCUUUCACCGGUCACUUCCGCAUCACCGCAGACACUCCUCGUGGUCUCCAACCCCACCAACCGGCACCCACCUCCGCAGUCACUGCCGGACGCGCCCACCCCGGUACAGACCGUCUAGCAAGCGCAACUCCCGCAAUCAAGUCCGACUCGAACUUGGAAGUCAGACGCAACAUCUACGAGUCCACUGGCAAGGACCUCACCUCCAAGCAGGAAAACGGUACCGACCUCGACGAAGCGCUCAAGCAGCCCGGAAAGCAAUACCACUGUUACUCAUGCGGCAAAGACUGUACCCGUGUGCGUUAUCACAACGCAAAGGCCCCUCCGCAACAAAUAGUCGGAAAGAACGGCGCUAUCGCUAAGUUUGAUCUGUGUCCUUCCUGUUUCAUGGAGGGCAGAUAUCCCAACUCGACUGGCCCGGCCGACUACACGAAGCUGGAGAACGAGAAAUACACGACUAUCGCCGACCGUGAGGCUCCCUGGGCAGACUCGGAGUUGUUGCUGAUGCUCGAGGGCCUUGAGCUGUUUGACGAAAACUGGGAGCAGAUCGCAAACCAUGUCGGUAGCCGAACAAGGGAGGAGUGUGUGCUCAAGUUCUUGCAGCUCGAGAUCGAGGACAAGUACCUCGAAGGAGAAGACACAGUUGACGGCGCAUCAAACAACCUCGCUUUCCUGAGCAAUGGCCGCAUUCCCUUCUCGCAAGCCGACAACCCCGUCAUGUCUGUCAUGAGCUUCCUUGCCAACUUGGCAGAUCCCACGGUGGCCGCAGUCGCAGCAGGAAAGACAGUGGAACAGAUGAGAAAGCAGCUCCGCAAGACCUUGGAGAAGGACUCGACAUCUGCUGAGCCAGAAAAGGAGAAGGAGACAUCGACCGAACAUCAAGAGGCCGCUAAGGACGACAACUCGAUGGAGGUGGACGACAAGCCGGCAGCCGAGAAGCAAUCUGCAAGCCCCAAGCCGAUGAAGGAGGAACCCAAGGACACCGCAUCUUCACCCGCCACACUCGCUCUCAGCUUGACAGCUGCCCGUUCUUCUGCUCUGGCCUCACACACCGAACGCCACGUUAGCUCACUGGUUUCCUCGGCCGUCAACUUGCACAUGCAAAAGCUGGAACUCAAGCUACAACAGUUUGACGAGAUGGAGACACUUCUCCAAACCGAACGCAGAGAUCUGGAGCGCCAACGCCAACGUCUCUUCUUCGACCGCCUGCAGUUCAAGCGCAGAGUCGCCGAUGUCGAGAGUAAGUUCGCAAGCAUGGGUCUUUCUGCAGAGAAAGAUGUCAGAGCAGCCGCACAAGGCGAGGGCGAGGACAAGGGCGACAAGCUGGGUGUCGUGGGUACUCAAGAAGGCGCAGCUGCUGCUCAACAGACAGAAGAAACAAAGCCCUCCAGUGCCGAUGAGGCGGGAUACAAGACUGUUGAGAUGUAG